CUAAUAAUUCAGUUUCCAUCCAUCUUUAUGAGACUUCACAGUUGACUUGACUCCCAGUAUGGUUGAUGACAAGGUUCAGACUUGAGACAGGAAAUUCAGUAAGCUUCAGGCAACCUCCCGCACAGCUCGAAACACAUCAGUGGUUUGAAAGAAAAGGAAAGGGAAAGGGAGCCAAAUGGCCGGUACGGUUGACCCCAUUCCUAACAGCAUCAAGAAGCUAUGGGACAAGUGGAACCUCAGGGGCUUUAUCCUCUUAAGCCUCACAUUGCAGACCCUUCUAAUUCUUUUUGCACCCGCGCGAAAGCGGACGCCAAACAUGGGGAUAAUGUUCAUCGUUUGGUCAUCUUACUUGCUCGCUGACUGGGCUGCUAACUUUGCAAUUGGAUUAAUCUCAAACAGCCAAGGCGACCAUGCAGGUGACGACUAUCCUGGUGAUCUUUUGGCAUUUUGGGCUCCCUUUCUUUUGUUGCACCUUGGCGGUCCAGACACCAUUACUGCGUUUGCGCUUGAAGAUAACACUCUGUGGCUCAGGCACUUUCUUGGCCUCAUAUUCCAGGUUGCAGCUGCUGUGUAUGUCUACAUUCGAUCCUUCCCCAAAAACAAACUAUGGCUCCCAACCGGCCUCCUUUUUCUUGCUGGAAUCAUCAAGUAUGCUGAGCGCACACGCUCCUUGUAUAGUGCAAGCUUGGAUAAUUUCAAGGAAGCCAUGAUGAAAAAACCUGAUCCAGGACCGAAUUACGCAAAGCUUAUGGAAGAGUACUCCUCGAUAAAAAAUUCCCAACUUCCAACUCAUAUAGAACUCACAGCAGAACGCAGCAAGGAAUCUAGGACGGUGACUUACGUGAUAGGCAAAGAUGAGCUGGACAGUGAUAUUGCAGUGGUGAGACAUGCUCAUUAUUUCUAUCAAAUCUUCAAGGGUCUAAUUGUGGAUCUCAUUUUCAGCUUCCAUGAACGCCAUGAGAGUCGUGCAGUCUUCCAUGAAAGAACACCGAAAGAAGCAUUUAAAUUAAUUGCAGUCGAGCUCAACUUUAUGUAUGAAGCUCUCUUCACCAAGGCUGCUGUGGUGCAUACUAAGCCAGCAUACAUUCUCCGGGUGGUUUCCUUCAGCGCGAUUGUUGUAGCCCUUGUUUUCUUUUAUAGAUUAGAGAAAGAGGGUUUGCACUCGUUUGAUGUUAGAAUUACCUAUACCUUGCUGUUUGGUGCCAUAAGCUUGGAUUCAAUAGCUACUGUUAUGCUUACAUUCUCAGAUUGGACUAUUGCUGCUCUGAAUAAGUUUUGGCAAAAUUCUGGUCUAGCCAAAACUAUUUUUGGAAAGUAUCUCGAUUUCAAGAGAUCGUGGGGGUGGCCUACGGCAAAAACAAGAAAUGAGGGCGGCCAAGUUCCUAAAACAAAAGCAACGAAAUGUUUGGAGUGGAUUAGGCGAAUCCUAUUUCGGAGGUGGUACGAAUCUGUCUCUACAUUCAACUUGAUACAUUAUUCCCUCAAGGAGAAGCGGAAAAAGUCCCCGAAAUGGUAUGACUGCUUUGGCAUUGGCUACAUUAAAGUCAUCACCUUAUUUGGCCUCAAGGAUCUUCAUGAUAAGUUGACAUAUAGGACCAAAAAGCCGCUCGCUGAAGAGUUAUGGGUUUUUAUUUUUGAGCAGUUGAUAAGUAAAUCCAUGCUCGCUGAUGAUCCUGAAACUGCAAGGAAAAUAGGUGCGGCCAGAGGUGAUUGGGUUCUCGAGGGUAGCGAUUGGGAUAGUAAUGUGAUCACUAAGUUACUAUCUUACGUUGUUGAUGUGGAAUAUGACAAGAGCAUUUUAUUGUGGCACAUUGCUACGGAGUUGUGUUUCAACGAUGACAAAAGCAAAACUGAAGGUGAAGCUGCGCCUGAAGUUAGUGAUGAAACUAAAAAAAGUAAAGAACACAGUAGGACCAUAUCUGAUUAUAUGUUGUACCUCUUAGUUAUGCAGCCUUCUAUGAUGUCUUCUAUAACAGGAAUUGGACAAAUAAGAUUCCGGGACACGUGCGCAGAAGCCAAGAAAUUCUUCAGCAGAAGGGAUCUAGAAUCUGGACAAGUGAAAGAAGCUUGCGAAAAACUCCUGGAGGUAAAUACAGAUGUUGAGCCAGUUGCUGUCAAAGGAGAUAGAAGUAAAUCAGUGUUGUUCGAUGCUUGUAUUCUGGCCAAAGAGUUGAGAAAAUUGGAGGACAGGAAAUGGGAGCUGAUGAGUGAAGUGUGGGUGGAAAUUCUGUCUUAUACCGCAACUCAUUGCCGAGCGAAUGACCAUGCGCAACUGCUGAGCAAAGGUGGAGAGCUAGUGACUUUUGUUUGGUUAUUGAUGGCUCAUUUUGGCAUAGGAGAGCAGUUCCAAAUAAAUGAGGGCCAUGCGAGAGCAAAACUCAUCGUGGGAAAGUGA